UGAUGGCGGAAGUUGACCUGGUCGCCGAGUUCCCCCAGCCGGCGGGUGCUGCGCGCUGGGCCAAGGUUAUGGCUCGCUUCGCGGCCCGCCUGGGCGCGCAGGGCCGACGAGUGGUGUUGGUCACGUCCGGAGGCACCAAGGUCCCGCUGGAAGCGCGGCCAGUGCGCUUCCUGGACAACUUCAGCAGCGGCCGGCGCGGUGCAACCUCCGCCGAGGCCUUCCUGGCCGCUGGCUACGGGGUCCUGUUCCUUUACCGCGCUCGCUCUGCCUUCCCGUUUGCCCACCGCUUCCCGCCCCAGACCUGGCUGUCAGCUCUGAGGCCCUCCGACCUGACCCGUUCGGGCUUGCUGAGCUUCGAGGCCGAGGAGAGUGCACUCCCAGGCUUCGCCUCGGCUCUGCGGAGCUACCAGGAGGCUGCUGCUGCCGGCACCUUCUUGGCGGUAGAGUUCACCACUUUGGCAGACUAUUUGCAUUUGCUGCAGGCUGCGGCCCAGGCGCUCAAUCCGUUAGGCUCCUCUGCGAUGUUUUACCUGGCUGCGGCCGUGUCAGAUUUCUAUGUUCCUGUCUCUGAAAUGCCUGAACACAAGAUCCAGUCAUCUGGGGGCCCACUGCAGAUAACAAUGAAGAUGGUGCCAAAAAUGCUUUCUCCUUUGGUUAAAGACUGGGCUCCCAAAGCAUUUAUAAUUUCCUUUAAGUUGGAGACUGACGCCUCCAUCGUAAUUGAUCGUGCUCGAAACGCUUUGGAAGUUUAUCGACAUCAAGUGGUGGUUGCUAAUAUCCUUGAGUCAAGACGGUCCUUUGUGGUUAUUGUAACCAAAGAUUCAGAAACUAAGUUAUUGCUAUCUGAGGAAGAAGUAGAAAAAGGUAUAGAGAUAGAAGAGAAGAUAGUGAAUGAUCUUAAGUCUCGACACACCGCAUUUAUAUGUGACAAAAACGAAGAACGGCCCGGGAGCCACUGGCGUGCGUCGUUUCUAUGGUUCCCGCCGGACGGACGUUUUGGCGUCUCUAACAGCAAGCGCGGUUGCUAUGACUCCCGGGGCUCCGAGGGUGCCCGCGGCAAGCUGCUGAGCGCGGGCGGAGUUGGGGUGAGGCCCGAAACCGCAGAGAAUAGCCUGACCAGCUCGGCCCUGCCAGCCUCGGACUGGAGUGAUUCGGCUUGCGAGGGAUUCGCGGUCUUCCCGGACCACGGGCCUCGAGGAUGUACACGUGAACUAUGCUUUGUAGAGAAUCUAACUCUUAUACGUAUAAUGUAUCUGUACACGCUUAGUCGUGUGUGUAUGUGUGUGUGUGUGUACACAUAUGCUUAUCUCUUCUGCCAAAGGAAACAUUUGGAGGACAUACUUCACUAUCUCAAGAAAGAAGGGAUUGAAACUCUUGCUCAGACAGAACAACUCUAUUUUGUCUGGUCCAUAUUCCAGCACAGUGAAGACAGGCUGAGGACUGCUAACAGAAAUCUAGAAGAGCUUAUAGUGAAUCACAUGGAAGAAAUGAAAGAAGUAGAAAAUUAUGCAAACCAUAUCUGUAACUUAACAGAAGAAAGAGAAGUUUUUUCUCAUGGUUAUAAAAAAGAAAAUGAACAACUUAGACAGGAUUUCAAAGAGCUCCAACUGAAACAAGAUGCUGCACUUGAGAAGGCGCAACUAGAAAUUGAAAAAUUGAAAGAAAAUCUGAUAAAACUGAAAGAAAAUGAUUCAAUUGAGCUACAGAAAGCCAAGAAACAUAAUCAGAGAUUGGAUGAGGAAAUUCUGGCUUUAAGAAGGCGCGUUCGAUCCCUCGACUCAGAUAAAAAAGCACUUGGAGAAGUAGUUGAAAGACUAAAAGAAGAGAUUCGUGAAUCUCAAGAGAAGGAACAACCUGGAAAUCACUCCCCUGGAAAAAAUGUGGGUGCUGAGCAAAAAGUAGAGUAUCAGUUAUCUGGAGAAAUACUGAAAUACCACCAGCAAGAGGAACCACAGCUUCGUCAGAAUUUGCACCGACUCCAGAUUCUGUGCAGUUCAGCUGAAAAAGAGCUUCGAUAUGAAAGAGGAAAGAACUUGGACUUAAAGCAACAUAAUAGCUUACUUCAAGAUGAAAACAUUAAGAUCAAAACUGAACUAAAGCAGGCCCAGCAGAAGUUAUUAGACAGUGCAAAGAUGUGCUCUUCACUCACAGCAGAGUGGAAGCACUGUCAGCAGAAAAUCAAGGAGCUGGAGUUCGAAGUACUUACCCAGGCUCAGAGCAUUAAAUCACAGAACAGCCUACAGGAAAAGCUGGCUCAGGAGAAAUCCAAAGUUGCUGAUGCGGAAGAAAAGAUUUUAGAUCUGCAACAGAAAUUAGAACAAGUUCAAAAAGUUCAUCUCCCAGAACCUUGUAUUUUGGAGAAGCAGCAACUAGAGGAAAGGCUAAAGGAAUCAAGAGAAAAUGAAGCUAAAAUAAAGCAGCAGUAUCAGAAAGAACAAGAGAAGAGGAAUAUUCUCGAUCAGAGCAUAAAUGAGCUACAAAAGCAAGUGAGUAUUUUACUGGAUAAAGAGAACAGACUGGAAACAACCAAUUCUCAGCAACAAUCCAGAAUUCAGCAACAAGAAGUCCAACUUAAACAACUGGAAAGCGAAAAAGGAAAACAUGAUGAGCUUCUCAAGGGCAACCUGGAAUUGUCAGAGAAGCUAUUUGGAUUCCAGCAAAAGAAUAAAGCUCUAUGUGAAGAAUAUGCACAACUUUUGAAGCAGUUCGAUGUCUUUGUGAGAAACUAUAAUGAGAAACAUCACCAUUACAAAGUCAAGCAUCACAGAAUCAAGGAUCGUUUAGUUCAUGAAGUAGAACUACGAGAUAAGAGAAUUAAAGAACUCGAAAAUGGAAAUGAAUUACUGCGACUACAAAUGGAAAAGGACAAAGCUUUCCAGGAUGAGGUCAUUGCGCAAAAUGAUGUCCUGCUCCAAGAAAGAGGGAAACUUCUGGUGCAACUCACAGAGCAAGAAGAACUGAUUGGCAACAACAAGGGGAUGCUGUCUUCUGUCCAGAGUCGAGUACUGUUGCUGGAUAAAGAAAAUAAGCUAUUACAAGAAAACACUCUCCAGCUCACACAUCACAUUGGCCUCUUAGAGCGCAUUAUAAGGAACAUCCAGAUUCGCAGAGGGGAGGAAGCAGUAAUUAGUGACAUCCCUGAAUUUGAAGUAAUGAAUAAAAUCUUGCACUUACCAAACUCCAGUCUUUCAGGAAUAGAUUUGAUAGCAUCAGUUGCAAGUAUUCAAGAGAUUGGAGAACGUAAGUCAGAAACAGUAGUGGCCAACUCCAGUUCCCCUGAGUGUCAUUCAUAUUCACAGAAUUCUGAAAUUGGAUAUAUAAAUGUGGCUCCACUGAAAGUGACACAUUGCAUCCAGGAACAAGCCCAGAAGUCAGAACUAUAAGGUCACUGGUGUCUAAAACUGGACUGCUCAAAGCUGCUAACUUCAAGUUCGGGCGUGAAGGUGGAACAUGACAUGGACAAAA